UUUAUCUUAUUUUUAUUAAUUUUAUAAUUAUUUUUCUGUGUGUUAUAAUGGCAUUUAAGUGGCUUCCAAAAACAAAUUCAUGUUGUUUCUGUAUAAACAAUUUAGAAGUAGCUACGUAUCUUAUAUGUGUUUUUGGUAUGGCAGUUGGAUUUUCACAGUUUAAAAUAUUAGUGCCGGCGUGUAAGAAUGUUGUCUCAGGAGGAUUCGGUACUUUCGUGCAAAUUGUCGGGUACUUCACCGUUAUAUCUGGGCUACUGUUAUUUGCCGCGUCUGUGACUCUUGUUUUCACAGCCAAAUGUUUCGAGCCAAUAACGAACAUAUUUAUAAUAAUAGCGUUAAUCAGUGUAUCGAUGGAGUUUAUCUACCAUGUGACGUACGCGCUUCGGUACAUGGCCCUGGACUACAAAUGUUCCGCGAACAAAUCAUUCGCCGAAGUGUUUGAUUUUAACGCUGCGACCCCUCUGACGGUCGCCAACGCCAGAAUCUAUGGGCAAAUUGUAAUCGCCACUUUUCAAGCUUUAUUAAUGUUAUACUACUGUGUGGUCGUGAACUCAUUUGCGAUGGGGAGACAUGGAGGCUGACAUCAAUCCACAAUCACCCUGUCACCAAAGCUGGUGAUGUUGGUCAAUGACCUCACAACCCACUACAGAAGCCAGGACCCCGAUACCGACCCCGCCGGCGUGGUCGACGAUUUCCCUCAUUCAGCGCUUAUCGCUAUCGACCCACUAGGGUCGAUUAAUUCUUUCAAAUAUUUUUCCUCUCAGACGACGCCCUGAGCCGAGGUUCGCGCCCAACUGGGCACCCUCAGGCCUGUUGUCUUAAACGUUGUACCGGGUGAGAGCCUUCAGCGCUCCCCAUUUGUCCGGCCAAGUAGUUAAUGCCAUCUGCGGCAAAUCUACAAUAAGUCACGUCAAAAAAAAAAAAA